AUGCCCAUUUUCCACGAUCAUUCAUAUACUUCUAUAACUAUUAAAAUUAAUCAAUUAUCAUCACAAUCUAAUAAUGAAUUAGAUGAUUCUAUAGAAUUAUAUUUAUCUGAUUUAAUUCAAUUAAUUAAAAUCCAACCUGGCAACGGUGCUAUAGAAGCUGCAAGAGCAAUUCGUAAAAAAGUUAAAUAUGGUGAUUCGAUAAAAGAACAAAUUAGAAGUUUACAAAUAUUGGAAUUAUUAGUCCUUAAUACUGAUAAGUCAAUCGGUUCAACAAUUGCAAGAGAUGAUAAAUUAUUAGAUGUUUUAAAGGGAAUUAUAAAUGGCCAUGGUAAAACUGGGAGUGGUACCAAUUAUGACUCAAAAGUACAAAACAGAGUGAUUUCAUUAGCUUUAGGUUGGAGAAAUGAAUUACAAGAUAUGGUAGAAUAUAAAUAUAUGCAACAAUUGUAUAAAUAUAUACCUAAAAAGAAAAUUAAAUCAAGAUCACAAUCAGAAGAAUUUGAACAACCAUUUGAAAAUGAGAUUGAAAGUGAUAAUUCAGACUCACCACCUGCCAAACCAACUAAAUCUCCACCUCCACCACGUCCAAAGAAAACAUUUCAAGAAGUAACUAAAAAGUCAAAGAAGAAAUCAAAAUCAAAGAAGAAGAAAGGUAUAAUUUAUGCAGACGAAGAUUAUGCAAUUCCACAAAUAAAUUAUAAAGUUGAAGCUCCUAGAAUUAGAGAAUUAAUAUCAUCAUGUCAUACCCAUACAACAAUAUUAGAUAAUUUAUUAACUCAUUGUACUGAUUCACCAUUGGAUGAUGAUAAAAUAUUAAAUGAAUUUCAAAAAAAUAAAAAAAUUAGAAGAAAAGUGUUAAAUUAUUUACAAUAUGUUGGAGCUGGAACUAGUGAUAGUAAAUCAUCAGAAUAUGCAGCAUUAGAUGAAGAAUUUUUAGGUUCUUUAAUUAGUGCUAAUGAACUGUUGGUUGAAGUUUUUAAAAAAUUUGAUUUAAAAGCUGGGUAUAAUAAUGAUAAUCCAGCACCAAAUUAUGAUGAAGAAACAGAAAGUGAUGAAAGUUAUUAUACAAGUGAGGAUGAAGAUGCUUAUGAAGAUGAACAAGAUUCAUUGGAUCAAAGAUUACAAGAAGUAUCAUUAAAAUCACCACCUCCACCACCGCCAAAUAAAUUAAACAGACCAAUAUUAAACAAAAUGGAGACAUUGGAAUCAAUUGAAGGUGAUCCAUUUGGUGAUAGAAAUGCGGUGAAUAAUAGUAAAUCUAUAUAUGAAUAA